AUGCAUUCCGACCUCAAGACUGUGUGCAAGGUCUUCAAAAAAGACAUCGAAGCCAUAGAGCGGCUGUGGACCCCGCAUACCGACACGACUGUACGGAUUACCUCUCCUAGCCAACUUCGUCAGCUCCCGACCGUCACACAGAAAGUCAACGAUAAGGCUGCUGCGGCCAAACAGCCGUGGGCAGGCUUCCAAGAGGUAGAGGUGGUGUGGUUCCACAAGAACGCACUUGAGGAAGCCAACAACGACAGAGACUUGGGCAAUCACCUUGCUCGCACAAUCGGCGCACCGGGUGUUAAUCAUCGCAAUCGGCAGAUCUUCAUGGAAGCCGUCAAUGUUGGACUGGCCUGGUCACCCUUGUACGACCCCUAUGAUGGCCUGGAAAUGUCUCGACCCCAAGAUCACCCAAGUCUUGAGGUACAACCUGACACUCCCUGCUCCGAUGGCGAUGGCUCUCAGUUGGCUGUGGCGAGCUCAGAAGACGACUUGGUGGAAUUUGGUCAUCCGUAA